UUAUUUGUUUUCUUUUCGGAUACAUAUCUCAGAUUUGACAGCACAAAGAAGUCGGCCAUUUUAUUGCUUGAGAAGCUGUGGCUUUUCUCCCGUCGGGAGACUGUUGUAUUUUUUAUCUAAUUAUUUUUAUUAGACAAUCGUUUUAACAGCGUACAAAUCGGUAUACGUAUUUAGUGUUUAAGGAUAGAGUUUAUUUACGUGAAGAGAUGGACGAUCCGAAUAGAAUGAUGGCGCAUAGCGGCGGGCUGAUGGGUCCGCAAGGGUACGGGUUGGCCGGGGGCGAGGGCGCGCCAGCGGCAGGGGAUGGCGAGGCCCGCAAGCAGGACAUCGGGGAGAUCCUGCAGCAGAUCAUGAACAUCACGGACCAGAGCUUGGACGAGGCGCAGGCCCGCAAGCACACGCUCAACUGCCACAGGAUGAAGCCAGCGCUCUUCUCGGUGCUGUGCGAGAUCAAGGAGAAGACAGUACUGUCACUCCGCAACACUCAAGAGGAGGAGCCCCCAGACCCACAGCUGAUGCGCUUGGACAACAUGCUGAUUGCCGAGGGUGUUGCCGGGCCAGAGAAGGGUGGCGGUGCUGGCGCCGCUGCCUCCGCCUCUGCUGCGGCUGGAGAAUGGGACAACGCGAUCGAGCACUCGGACUAUCGCGCGAAGCUCGCGCAGAUCCGACAGAUCUACCACCAGGAGCUCGACAAGUACGAAAACGCGUGCAACGAGUUCACCACCCACGUGAUGAACCUGCUGCGCGAGCAGAGCCGCACGCGGCCCAUCACGCCCAAGGAGAUCGAGCGCAUGGUGCAGAUCAUCCACAAGAAGUUCAGCUCCAUCCAGAUGCAGUUGAAACAGUCCACCUGCGAGGCCGUCAUGAUUCUGCGCUCACGUUUCUUGGACGCCCGUCGCAAGCGCCGCAACUUCAGCAAGCAGGCGUCCGAAAUACUCAACGAGUACUUCUACUCGCACCUCUCCAACCCCUACCCGAGCGAGGAGGCCAAGGAGGAGCUCGCGCGCAAGUGCGGCAUCACCGUCUCGCAGGUGUCCAAUUGGUUCGGCAACAAGCGCAUCCGCUACAAGAAGAACAUCGGCAAGGCGCAGGAGGAGGCCAACCUGUACGCCGCCAAGAAGGCCGCCGACCUUUCCUGGAUCGGUGCAGCGCGCGAGCGCUCGCCCCCCGGCAGGGCUACUUCAAAUUACACCGCAGGCGCGUCCCCGUACUCGAUGGGCGCGGCAUCCGGCACGGCGACGCCCAUGAUGUCGCCGGCGCCCACGCAGGACUCCAUGGGGUACUCGCUGCCCGCGCCCGGCUACGACCAGCCGCAGCCCUCCUACGACGGAUCCAUGGGCUACGACCCCAUGCACCAAGACCUCUCGCCGUAGUCGACCAGGCUCCGGAUAUCAUUCACUUGCGCAGCUUCCACUGAAUUGCCAUUUACGUAACUCUACUCUAGGUCCCUAACGGCUCUCGAGCCCUAGCAUAGUACAUUGUAUACUGUAACUUAUAAUACUUACAAACUCACAUGUAGCGUGCUAUUUUUGGAAAGACAUGUAAUUUCACCUUGUCUCACGUUCGAUCCGACUGUGUCCAGUAUUUAUUUAUUUAGUUUCGGACGCUAAAAGUACUUAAAAACGUAUUUGUACCUCAAUUGUACUGUAAAUGGUUGUUGCGUGGGCAUUCAUGCACAGGCCGUCCUUGAGUGGCACUUCCGUCACUUCCGUGGUCAUGACAAUUGUCAUCUGACAUUGACAAUCCGCCGUACAUUGCUGAUCCAAGAAGAAAUUAUUGAAGCUCAAUACCGUCGUUAUUUAUCGACCGGGAAAUGUACAGGAAAUUAUCAAUUUAUCAGUGUCAGUUGACAAUUGUCAGAGUGGAGAAAUAGGCGACUAGUAUCUCGAUGUUAACGGUUAUUCUGAUAACGUUUGCAGAAACAACAUCAUUUAGAGACUGGUCAAAAUAUUACACGUCAUUAUAAUUAGUAAAUGUGUAGCUCACUCAGGGCACGCAUAUACAAGUGAUGAUGAUUAUUGAAGCUUAAAUAUGUGUAUUUAUACAUGUGCUCAUUGAAAAUCCACUAUUACUAUAAAGAGGUUUGAUAUUGUUAAUACAUCACAAUUAAAAAUAUAUUUCAUCUUAAACAAUUACAUUUAAUUAACUUGACAAUUGACAAUUUUCAUUAACAAGAACGGCAGCUAAAGACUGUUAUAACUAUCUCUUCGAUUUGAAAAUGUACAAAUUGUCAGAUGACAAUUGUCAAGUUAUUGAAAAACGGAAGUGCCACGAAUAGUCCUUUAUUAUGGUAUUAUUUUUUUAUUUCGACCAGUGAAAUCUGAAAUUAUUGAAAGUUAUUAUUUGGCAGUAUUAGUAGUGAUCACUACGGAUGGGGUCGUUUCAUUUUGUCUUUCUGUACGGUGUAUAUGAUACGAUAUGUAGAUGUAAGCUAUCUUAUAGUGAGUAAGUGUUCGGAUAAUUUGUGCUGAUGUGGCGUAGCAGCGGAGCAGUGGGACUGACUAUACUUAUCGAUGUACCAAUAAGGUAUAUCAAAGAUUUUGUUUACCAAUGUUUUUUUACAAAAUUGUUUCAUAUAUGUUCGAGUUUUCAACAGAUAUUGAAAUAUACUCCCAAGCUAAACUUAUUUUGAAAUAAAAAUAUAUACCAUACUAUUCAAAGCAGAUACGCUUGCAUUUACUAAUUAGUUAAUUAUUUAGACUGAAAUACCAUCAAAUAUAAAUUGUAGUAUAUUUUCUGUGAAUAGGGUUUACCCUAUCUAUAGGGUUAGGGUAACCCUUAUUAUAUUCAAUAUGUCCGAUUGCUCCACUGCACGCCCUGUCUUCUAUUUGUGUGCAAUUUUAAAGCGCACCGUAUUCACUAGAGUAUUUGCAAUGUAGCAAUAUGACAAAACACUUGCUAUAUAAAAUCACAUUCAAUAUAUGGGCAAAAAUGUAAAUGCAUUUCAUAAUCAGACACAAAAAUCGAGCAGGCUCGUUUUAAAACUUGAUUUACAUUCAUGUUUAUGUUUAGUUUAGUUAAAAAUAAAAACAAAUUGUACUUCUUUCACGCAUUGAUUAUGCUGUGCCGCGGGCGGGGUAUUUAACUAAAAACAAACAUAUAAACACUAUUGUGCCGUUCUUUAGACUCUAGUGGAUAUGGUUACGCUGAAUUUUAAAUAUUUUAUUAUUGUAAAGGUUGUGCCUAUUAGCUCCGAUGCACUUGAUUUGUUCAUUCAACAGACUGUAGCUCAACUGGCUUUGACCAUAAACAUGUAUACAAUUUUUAGAUACAAAAAUGUGUACCAUCGUCCACUGGCAAUUCCUAGACCGUAUUGCAAACAAGGGUUAACCCUUUGAACGCCACGACCAUAUAACGCGCUAUGGUAAACCUUAUUGGAAUGCAUUAAGGUUAAUAUUAAACUGUAACGGUGCGCGUUUGUGGAUGUCUUUGGCGGUCAAAGGGUUAAGAGUGUUGCCUUUGUAUACAUGUUUAUGAACGUGACUGUAUACGACUCUUCUUCAACCGCCUCUCUCGAACCGGUCUUAGAAGACAGAGAAACAAUGUCAGCUUCGGACUCAGUCAGUUGUGCGCAAAGAUCGUUUCUUAAGAAACUUUGUCGUGCCGCUAAGGUAGGAGUUGCGAAUGUCAAACGAAGUAUUUUAUUAUCAAGGCGUUGGUUGUGACGAGCGGUGUGCUGCUAACAUUUUUUAUAACACUAUGGUGGCUAACCACAGUAAUUGUUUUUUUUUACAUUUAAUUUUUUGUCUUAAUUUCAUAAAACCCACUUCUUCUCUAAAAUAAAAAGGCUCCAGCUACUUAUGUCGAAGUCAAUUAUGAUGGGAGCCCGUUUAUCAUUUGGUUACUGUUCAAGAUAUUCAGAAAACAAAAACGAGCAAGAAGGCCAUUCGCACAGUGGUUUGCCAUCUUUAUUAACACCAUAGACAUGUAUUAUUAACUUUAAAAUGGCGAAAUCACUUCAAGAAAAUUUAUUGGUUUUUGCUCAUUAAUGUUUUUUAAAGUGUAAUAUUUAUAGCUUAUCAUGCAGUAAAGUAACGUGGAAAUGUGUAGCUGAUGAAGAAUCAAUCUUGAAACGCGUUUCACCAUUCUUUACCUCCUAAGGCCCAAGGUCCUACCUAUAGUACUUAUUCAGUUCGAUGAAAUUUAAAUCAUAUUCAAUUGGAACAGAGUCCCAUUUGUUUUGUUUCGUUCAAUUUUCAAACAAAACCAAAAUAAACUCUUUUCCCUGCACUAAAGGUUCAAGUUUCAGUGGAAAAUUCGGGAUUUUGCAUUAGUAUGGCUGGGCCUUAGGAGGUUAGUCAGUACCCGACAAUUCAUCAUAAUUAUUUGUAAAGUCCAGAUAUCACUUUACUAAAAUCAACUACCGGAUAACGUCAUGCUCUACGAACACACUAUUUAAAUAAAAGAAGUAAUGUAUGAAAAUAAUAAUGAUGUGGCCGCGCACCGCUCGCCAGCCUCUUCCACUCGGUGCUAACAUAUACUAGCACAAUUUUUAUUUAGCUAUUAGUUUACUCUGAAUCCGUUCACUAUCCGCACGCCGCGGAAUAGGUUAUCAUUAGCGUACCGGGACUUUAGCACUAUCCUGCCAGUUUCUGUACAACCCACUGCUCAAAAUAUUAUAAUUAAAACAAUUUGUUUUUUUAGCCUCGUUUAACCUUUUGGACGCCAAUGACCGAUAUAUCCGCACUGCAGGUUCAACGCCAAAGACUGAUCGGUCACCUGAUUAAUCGGUCACAGACCACUGAGCAACAUAGACCUACGUGCAUAUACAUAAAGUUCAAUUUCAGUUUUGACACUUCGGUGACGUGGCGUCAGCGUGACAGCUUUUGUGUUUGACACGGCGUCGAAAAGGUUAAAACGUGAUGGUAAGUGAUUGUUGUGUAUCCACAUUUGCAGCUCUAUGGGUUUCAUAUUCACGAUGUUCACUCGUUUGAAAUAGAACCCCAUUGUUAGGACUGGCCAGCAAUUUUCAUUAUAUGAAGUCGGUAUCCAUAUAAUAAAUAUGAAAUAUAAACAAGGGAGGAAUAAGAAAGCCGAAAGAAUCUCAUUUUGGAUUCAGAAUAAAGCUCCUAAUUAAAUAGAUAUGGAGAUUUUAAUAAAAUGUACAUCUAAAUAGUUUAGCUCGAUUAAUUUGUAUUUAAAAUUUACCCUAUUUAUAUUAUGUUAUUUAAAAUAUGGGCAGCAGUGGCCAAGUGUGAUCUGGCGAUGGUGCUACAGUUCCCACAUUAAUUAUUAUGUUAGUCUCACUUCAAUUAGAUUUAAAUCGGACUUGAAUCCUAGCAUUAAGUUGAUGUGUUCUAAAACAUUAUAUCUGAGACAGUAUACGAAUAACGACAAAUUUAAAAAAUGUUUAAAAUUUUCUGAGGUUCGAUGUUUUGCAACUGCGCCGCCUGGCCAGGGAGACACGUGACUCUGUUGCUUGUCGCUGUACGUGCCGGGUACUUGUAGUUAGAUAUAACUAUGUGCUAUUUAUUAUUUUUAUGUCUAAGUAUACACUAUAACUGUAGGAUAGACUCAUGUAUAUGGCCUCUCCAAACAUCACCGAUAAUCGCAUGCGAUUUGAGAUACAUUGCGACAUUUAAUCGAUUGAAUUGAAUUCGUUGGUACUACUUAGCCGGCAAUUAACUAAAAUCGCAUGCCAUUUGUUGGGACGCCUGUAGAAGCCUUUACCCUUACGUUUACAUUUUGAGGGAUUUGUUUUUUUUUUUUUAGGUACAAGUACCUAUUUUAUUGUAUAUUUAUUUAUAGCCCCGGCACUGCCGUGUGUAAUAAUUAGACUGCACCUGUACGAGGCGGCGCUACACCAUGUAUACGAUGAUAAGUUCAACGUUAUUGUGACCAUCAGAUUUGAUUCAAAUACAUUUUUGUGUAGUUUA